GCAGUUUUCAAAGCACUGUGAAGAAGAGAGGUAACUGAGGCAAAGUAAAAAUAGACGACAGCACACCUCACUGUCUUUACACGGUGAUGCCUCGUAGUCUGAGAUACUUCGUUUAGACAAAACAUCUGUUUAGUUUGAGACGGCUGGAAUAUGACAGACACUAUUGUUACAGCUCUGGUGCUGUUAUCUCUGGCCUUGUUCCUCUCUGUUUGUCUCAAUAUCUUCUUCUGCAUCAGACAAAGACACCCUUCAUGCAGAGAGAGGGGCGAGUGCUGCUUCAGAAAUGUUAAUACAGCAGAAAGCCCUUCACAGGAUGAAGAGCAUCACUUUCAUCACAACCGUUAUGAUGAAAUGCAGGAAAAUCCAAUCUACGGCAACAUCAGCUCAGACAGAGGCGAUUCUCUCGAGGUUUGCUAUGAGAUGAUGACCAUGAAACACGAAAGAGACCGCAUGAAGCAGUCCACAGAGCCUGACCUGAAUUAUGCCUCCUUGGAUCUUAAUUUGGCAAAGAAACGCAUGAAGAAGAAUCGCCAUCAGCAAGGCGCCACUCAGAGACAAAGCAAACUUCAAGAGGAGCUGCCGGUCCACCUCACACCCCCCCAAGAUUCUUUCUUAGAGGUGGUAGCGGACAUGGAUGCUCACCUUCCUGCCAGAAACACCAGCACCAUGGUUUCACACAGCAGCAUCUACCUGAACAGUCAACAGAUAGCCCAGGAGACAGAGGAGCUGGAGAGGGAUAGGGGUAUAAACAUGGAGAGGGAGAUCGUGGGUUGGGGGGGAAUCAGAAAAGGGCAAAGCAGAGAGUGGAAAGAAGAGCAAGAGUUUGAGGGAGGAAGAACAGAUAGACAUUAUGCUAAUGGGGGUGUAUGCACUCCAGAAGUAGAGGCUAUUCAGAACAGCGCGGAUCAUUUCAUCGGCAGCUUUAACCAUGAUAGUGAGCAUCAAGAUUGAGAUUCAAGUGUUUGAGCCACCUAAAAAAGCAAAUUAUUUAACUGUUCAGUAUUGUGUCUGGAAGAAUGAAAACUAUGUUACCUUCAAUAAUAAAACAAGCGUUUGUAAAAUGUCCUCUUUGAUGUAAACACAUUUGAACUCUCCACAUUGAGUAAGAGGAAAACAAAAGUUGUACAUCUCUGUGCAGUGAAUGUAUAAAACUGAGAAUAAAGAAAGUGUGUGACAUUUAGAGGUCAAGGA